GAGGAAAGAAAAGUGCAAGUGCGGAAGAGUGCGCGCGAGGAGCCAAGUCGCUCUGAUUAUUUUGCUUUCUGGUCGUCCGUGUGCGUAGAGACGACGGUGUAGAAGAGGGCCCUGGAGCUUGUGGGUGGUGGCGUGCGGCGUCAGUGUAGUGCAGUGUGUGCAUCAUCAGCUACGUAGAAAACAGGAAUCCGUCGGACGAGGAAACAGGUCCGGACCGUGGCCAUUGGAUCGAGAAAUGGGUCUGUUGGGGAACUCGAAUUCGCUGGUUUCCGAUAUAGAGAAAGCAACCAGCGAGACCAACACACAGGAAAAAUGGGGUCUCAUCAUGGACAUCUGCGACAAAGUGACCAACGGUGCGGUCAACCCGAAGGAAUGCCUAAAAACGAUCAUCAAACGACUUAACCACAGCGAUCCUCACGUGGUUAUGCAGGCCAUUACGCUUCUGGAUGCUUGCGUUAGCAAUUGCGGUAAGCAGUUCCACCUGGAAAUUGCAUCGAGAGAUUUCGAAACCGAAUUCCGCAAACUAUUGCAGAAAAGUCAACCAAAAGUCAAUACGCGACUGAAACUAUGCCUGAAAAAGUGGGCCGAAUCGGAGUUCAAAAGCGAUCCACAGCUGAAUCUGAUUCCGUCCCUGUACGGCAAGCUACGGGCCGAGGGCUACGACUUCAGUGAUCCCUCGGUAACGCCCAAACGGGAGGUUCCACUGAGCAAGGACCCGAACGUGGUAUCUAGUCAACAGGAGGAGGAAGAUAUUGCCAAGGCGAUCGAACUGUCACUGAAGGAGAGCAAGGGUUCGGCAGGCGCCAGCAGCAGCAGCAAUCAAUCGCCGAAGAUGUCCUCGGGAGGGGGUGCUGCCGCAUCAAGCUCUCUUUAUCCAUCGUUGCUGUCGUCGUCGGCGCCGGUUGUGGAACCCAGGAAGGUUCGCGCUUUGUAUGACUUUGAGGCGGCCGAAGAUAACGAACUGACUUUCCACACGGGGGAAAUCAUCAUGGUACUGGACGAUAGCGACCCGAACUGGUGGAAGGGGCAGAACCACCGCGGGGAGGGCCUAUUUCCCUCUAAUUUCGUCACGUCGGAUUUGAAUGCCGAGGUGGAGGGAGCUACCAAGACCAAGAAGAAUGUGCAGUUCUCUGACGAGCAGAGGAAGGAGGAAGAGAAGGAGGUGCAGGAACAGGUGGUGGAAAUUGAUGAGGAGAAGAUAGAUCGAUUGUUGCACUUGUUGCACGAGGCUGAUCCGGAGGAUCCGUCAGCGGACACCGAUGAGAUGUUGCAGCUAGAGCAAAUGGUAAAUCAGAUGGGGCCGCUGAUCGAUACGGAAUUGGAACGAGUUGACCGAAGGCAUGCACAGUUGACUCAGUUGAGCAGUGACCUUGUGGAGGCCAUCAAUUUGUAUCACACGCUGAUGAGAGAACCGGAUCGUUCAAUGAUGAUGGGGCCUCCUGGGUACGGAAUGGGAGGGUAUCCUGGACAACCGGGAAUGUCAGGAAUGUACAGUUUGCCUGGAAUGUACGGACAGAAUAUGUCAGGGAUGUACCCAGGAAUGGGAGGAAUGCCUGGAGCUAUGCCCCCAUAUGGAAUGGGCCAGCUUCGGCAUGAUAUGGCCCAGAUGGGUGUCAGUGCGAUACCUCAGUUUCCUCCUCCUCAGCAGGCAAUGCCUACCAUGUCUCAGAGUGGACCCUCUAGUUUACCGCCACAACAAAUACCCACCAGUGGCGCGCCCACUGGGAUGCAUGGCUUACCGCAACAACCAACGGCUGCAGGACAGCCUCCGAUGCAUCAGCAUAUGCCUAAUCAACCAGGGACUCAGCUUCCCCAGGCCACCCAGUCUCAACCUAUGCCAAAUAUGCCCCUACAACCACCCCCGAGUAGUGCAGCUCCCCAUAUGAUGAACAUGAACCACAUCCAACACUCCCAAUUACCCCCGAAUUUCUCGAAUCCCACAUCGCCUCCUCCGGUAGUUAGUUCUGCUCCAACAUCUUUGCCUCCACAGCAUCAGCAACCGCAUCAACCCCCACAAGCGUCUGUUCCUCGGCCUCAGAUGCCACCGCAGCAACAUCCUCUACCAGUCUCCGCUCCGUCCGGCGGAAGUUUUCCCCCAUACGGACCAGCUCCCCAUUCGCAACCAAAUGGACCAGUACCGCAUCCGCAACCGCCAACGGCCACCGCUCCGCCUCCCAUGAACAUGAAUCAUCAUCCCCAAAUGGCGCCCUACCAGGCGGCCGCCGGCUUACCACCCUACAUGCAAAUGGCUCCGGGAAGCGUUCCUCCCGGAGGAUUCCCGCCCAUUAGCACGGCCCACCAUCAUGCACACAUGCUGGUGGGCCACAUGAUGGCCCCGCCUGGAUCACCCCUAACGAUCAACACCGCAGCUAAUUCGCCGCAGAACAUUCCAAUCUAUCAACAGCAGCGGUAAGCCUCCCUUUUUCCGUUUCCUUUCCCCGAUACCAUAUUCUCCUAGAAAUUUUCCUACAUUGCACGAAGGAAAUAAAUCUAGGUAUGGACGUCAGAACGUUAAUUCAAUGUCCCAGAGCUCGGGGUGGAAUGAAUGCGAUUAAAUUUUGAAGCAAAGUUACAUCUGAAAAAUAAAGCUGGGUCCUUCAAUUGAAGUAGUUUCAAAACUUUAUUAGAAACAUAACGUGGGUUUUUUUACGUAAACAAAAUGGAACACUACAAAUGCUCUAUUUUAUUUUUCACUUGGCGCUCAGCCGAGAAAAAUGAAAUAAGACACUACAAAUGUACACUAAUAGACGACGUCACAAAUGGACACUUACAACAUAAAACAUAAAUUUGAUACACUAAACAUAAAUAUGCCCGGCUAUCCCAUUGGAUAACACCUUUUACUCAUAGGAUGACGAGGUUUCAUUUAUUGUUUUCGGUCCAUCAGUCAAUCCUGGAACAGUGUUUUGUUUGGCUGAUUGCAUUUUGGCCAGUGAAUCAAAAUUCAACCAUCGCGCAACAAUAAUGACAAUGUCGCAACCUGUAUUUGUUGCGACAAACAAACCAAUGCGACAUAAGUUUGUCCCAACUUGAAAAUAAUGGGAUUAACAUCGUACACCACGAGUUUAGAGAUUUUUAAGCCUUGCAUUGCGAUUUUCGAACGGUAACUUCGAGUCGGUAAACACUGCAACUCUGGUGAAGCUCUAUCAUCAAACAGUUUCGACUUUGGGUUAGCAAUAAUUGAUUAUUCACGAGUUGAAAAGUACGCAACAAAUUCAGCUUCCGUUUUGUCUGCAACAAAAAAUUUCGAGAUCAUGUCAUUAUCUGUUACCAGUAGGGAUAAAGAGUAAUCGUCGCACCUUCUUUGUUGCUUGUUUUGUGCCUCUUUUGUCUGACAAUUCUCUUCACUAUUUUUGGCGACAGUAUUUAUUCUGUUUUCAUAGCUUAAUUUGUCUAGGAAAAUUAAUCCUAAUGGGCCACCCCGAAUCGGGUUUUAAUACAAGACGGCUGCAUUUUGAUGUCCGUGCUAGGGAUCGGUUUUUCUGUCUUGCAGUUAUUUGUCGCCAGAAAUGAUCUGAAAGUAUACAACAACUCCGGUUGCUAGGGGCUCCUGAGUGAUGAAGAACCAUAUAAAUGCACAUAAAAAUUAGGAGAAUAUUCACAAGUUAAAAUCGAAUAUUCAACAGAGAAAUAAGCUGGUAUAGUUUUCGGUAUCGUCUUUCAUCACACAAUGAGGGAAGUCAAGCGUCAUUACUGCUGCAGUCUGGAUGAAUCUGGAAUUUUGUUUUAUCUCUUCUUAUUCUUAUUUUUUUUACUGGACGCAACAAGCAAAGAAAUGUAUAAUCAACUAUGCAACGAAUGGAUCACUAAAAAAAACUAAAACGGCCGCUAUGGAAUGAACAGAUAGCGCCACAGUAGCCUUGCGUGUUUGACAUAACUCGGCUGCUGUCACAAUGUUAAAGUCCAUAUACGGUGGCGCCUUUGUUUUGAUGCGGCGAAAUCCAACAAACUUUGAUCGAUCCAUGACUCAAGUCAACUUUGUUUUUACAAUUGUUAGAUGCAUACAAGAAACAAUUCAGGUGGAAGCCCUUAUACAUGCUACAAAUUCUGGUAGAAUUUUCGAGUAAAACAUGGCAGCCUAAACUCUUGGCAAGAUUUUUAAUAUUUUUCCUGUCGUGUUUGGUUUAUAGUCACAGUCACAGGUGAUGUUAUAGUAGGUGAUGUUCUUGAUUGUAUCAUAUCAGGGAUGGUUUUGAAACUGACUUGACAAGUUUCAAAACCAUAUAUUUUCCUUUGAUCUAUUCACUGCGUUAUAUUUCCGGCAUUCACUUUACUCGUUUCCAUCGCAUUCAUCCCAACCCGAGUUCGGAUCAAUGAAUUCACACACGCUACAAGCAUACAACAACUUUCCCACGUGCAUCGUGCAUAAACAAGCGCUUUCGGGACCGUUUCAGUCCCACAUGUACAUAUACGCUGUGGAGAAAAGUUGAUUCUGUUAAAAAAAAACAACCUGAUUUUAAUCGAUUUGCUAAUUUCGUUAUAAGUCUUGCUUACUUGCACGGCACGGCAGCCGACCUCUCAGUGUUGUACCCUCUAGAAUAUUGUUGAAAUUCGAUAUUGUUUUCUAGCAAGAAGAAGCCCAAAACUCAAGACCCAUCCCCCUUCGAUUCGAAUCAUGAUCGCCAUCAAAAUUAAAUUGUUUUCUAGCUUGGUUCUGUGAAGGAACUGGCUUACUCAAGCUGCGUCCGAUACCUUCUUCUCUGCAUGUUAUAGCGAAGAAAAAUGAAAGGAGGAAAUUAUGAUGAUGAUGAAACACUAAAUUACUAUGAUUAUAUGAAUAUUAUGUAUUUAAACUAAAGUAAUAUAUAAAUAUUAAAAUAAUAAUUGAUAGCAACAUCUGUUCCCGUGAUGCCCAACUCAUAUUUUUAUAUUCCUAAGUUUAGAAUAUUCUCAAAUAAUUAAGAAUAACAAAACUUAUUCUUGAUUUUGUUUCUGUUAUUUUUUUUAAAGAAUCCUAUCGUUUUAAUUGAGCUUUUUUAGAAGUAUUUCUGAAACUGUGAAAGAAAGAUGACGUUCGUUAUUUUAGUUUGGAAAAUAAUCUUUUUAUAAAGGUAAAUAUAAUUCUAUAAGAGUUAGGUCUGACGGGAAUGGUCUACAGAAGCAAGACGGCAAACACCCAACCCGCGUACAAAAAUAGUUCGAACUCAAACAGUACCAAAUACCAACCGGUAUCUAGGUUCAGCUAGCGCGAAGCAGACGGGUUUCCAAAAAAAAAAAAAAACAAGUGUAAUAUAACGAAAGAUGGUGUGAAUCCGAGCUGAGAAGCUUACAACACGGUGAAAUAAAGUUUAUUCGAUAAUGCAUUAAAGUAA